CAACAAUAAAAAAGUACGAAACUACAAAUAUUGGUUGUCAGUCCAUUAUUGUACGGUUUCCUAGCAAUUACAACACAGUUCGCUCAAUGGUUUUCGUAAAUACCGUUGUGAACCUACCAGUUUAACUUAGUGUUCUAAAAUUGCGCGUGUAUUCACGUUACAAUCCUUUUUAUCACAAUCUCUUUUUUAAAUUGAUAUAUUUUAACAGUAAAAGCACAGAUGUCGGCUGGAGAUCUUGUAAACAGUCUAGGUAAGCUUGAAAGUAAGCUGAAACAAGUAAAAUUUCCUAAUUAUCGUAGAUCAGACUUCCUUUCAGGAACUUUGGAUGUCUACCUUGCUGUAUACGGUUAUGUGUUUUCAUCGUUUAAUUGCGAAUUUAGUAAAGCUAUUGCUGAAAGAGGCUUGGAACUUUAUGGUAAAACUAACAAACACUUCGUCGACAAUCUCUAUCGCAUAGUGCGAGAUGUUUUGUGUUAUAAACCUCCCAUUACAAAAAAUAUGUUCUUGAUUGAUAGAGCCUUUAUUGAGAUGAAAAUGAUCAUGUGUACACAUAUUUUGGAUUUAGUUCUACAAAAAUGUAAAGAGUUCCCGACUGUGACACGUAGAAGUGGUCGCUGCAAAACUCGAAUUUUAACCAACAAAUCUAAUACGAACGAAGGACCUGGCCCGAGAAAUAGUAUAAACACCGCUAAUGAAGAACCUGCUAAAUCUGUUAAAGUGUUAAAUCCUACAUCUUCCGUAUAUCAUCUUGAUAACAAUACACACUUUUAUAAUCAACAAAAUGCCACCAGAUCUCACUUACAUAAACCUGAACACAAUCGAGAAGACACACAAACUGAAAAAACGGAUAAGGCCGACUAUUCCAUUAAACCGCAUCUUGGGAAAAAAUUGUUCCAUGCUUGUUCUUCUUUAGGGAUUCCAAAGAACUAUCAAAUUACUCAAUUUGUAUUGCCUCCGAAUUCAAAAGGUUGUGUAAUUCUUGAAAAACAGAAAUCAAACAUUAAGAAACUCCCAGUAAGUGUUGAAAUAGGACCCUUUCCAAAGAAAGAAAAAACCCAAGAACUUUUAAUAAUCCAGAAUGAAAACUUAAAUCAUCCAUCAAACUGUGUUGAGGAACAGGAUGAUCACAUUUCAAACACUAUUCCUAAAGUAGUAAGAUGUCCACUAACUAGAACCUCCCAAAAUGCUGAAAAGAUUUCAAAUUCUUCAAAAGAAAUUAAUCAUGACCCCAUGAUGGAAAACAUUUCAGAAACUGUAGUCAAAUCUGCAAAGAUUCUUCUGGAUUUACAACAGAAAAAUCCAGAAGGAAAGAUAUUAAAUUCUUCUAAAAUGUUUGUAGGCAAAGAAAAUUCUCCAGUAUUAUCAUCAUUAGACACGAAAAUCACUCCUGUUGAGCCUCAACAGUGUCCAAAAGAAAAUUUCACAAAGAACCAAACUUGUUUUCAUCCCUCUUCUGUUGAACUGGGUGUUACCUGUAAAAAAGAAUUGGAUUAUUGCCUUGCCAAAAUGAAUUUGAUGGAAUGUGCUAUUAAAUCUUUAGAAUCUAAAUUAGAAAAUCUGUCAUAAACUCCAAUUUGAUAUAUUUUAAAUUAACAACUAUAUUGUAUUGAAAAUAUGAGCAUUAAUACUAUGAAUUGUAAUUAUAAAUAUGUAAAUCAUUUGGGUAUAUAUAAAGGUAUGUGUGUGUGUGUGCCGCAGGUUUUGAUAUGUAUGUUUUUAUAUGCUAUUCAAUAUUAAUGCAUUUAUAAUAUUCAGUUUUAUCAAAUUAUUAUUAGUUCCUUUUUCAAAUUUCAUGUAUAUUAAAUUACAAUCUUAUUACAUUCAUUUAAAAAAAAAAAAAUUACUACAUAAAGGAUACUUGGCAUUGUCCAGGAAAUAAAAUACAGCUGGUGGCCAAUUUCUUGAAUGAAAAUAAUGGUAAUUUUGCCUAGAUUUAUUACUUCAAAUACAAUGCUUAUUUUAUUUGUAAGGUAUAUAUGUGUGUUGUGCAGCAGGUUUUUCAUGUCUUUGCAUAUCCUCAGUAGCUCAUGUCUCACUACAUGGCAACGAGACAUGGGCUGUGACUACUGAGGAUAUGUGAAAACUUGAAAGAAAUGAAACCAGCAUGCUAGGUUGGAUGGGUAAUGUCAGUAUGCAUAUAUGACUGAGUGUAAGUGAUUUGAGAGAAAA